AUGCAUCCUUUUCACAAAAGACUAUUGAAGGAAUUUAAAUCCUUGAACAAAAAUCCUUUACCAAGCAUAAAAAUCUUAUCCAACAAUGAAAACUUGACGAAUUUUGACUUUGAGAUUGAAAUAACUAACGGAUUGUAUGAUGAUAAGUUGUAUAAAUUGGUGGUGGUUAUAACAAAGGAAUAUCCUGUGCUGCCACCUAAAGCUAAAUUUGUAGUAGGCACAAGAGAAGCGGGAGAACUGGGAUCAACAGGAACAUCUGAAAAUCCAAUUGAUGUUUCUUCGGACACCAUGCAAUCGUCUUAUAAAAUUCCUAUUCAUCCACAUAUUUAUUCGAACGGUCACAUAUGUUUGAAUUUACUUGGAGAUGAUUGGACUCCAGCAUGUACUAUUGAAAGUAUAUUAAUAAGUCUUCAGUCAAUGAUCAAUAACAAUACUGACAUGACCAGACCUCCAGAUGAUAAUAGAUACAUAAAGUAUGCUGGAGAAUUUGCAUCAAAGGAUGGGUUCGUUUACCAUGAUGAUUCAGUAUGA